AUGAUGAUGUACAGCCCAGGUGUUCCAAAAGCCUCCAACUUUAUCGAUCCAGCUUUAAUCACCCCUCCACCCUCUCCAGAACCUGCUUUUACGCCCCGACGAAGGCUCUUGAAACAAGUUCCCCAUUCUCAUUUCUGGAUCCAAAAUGAAGAUUCGUUUGAAGUGUUUCAAGCUAGACUUUUUCGAUUGCAUGCAACCUCCACUCUACAGCUAUUAUCAUACAUUGAUCAAAACCCAGAGGUGACCUUUCAUUUUUCAACAUUUUUCCAGGACGUCAUUUUGCCUGAUAGGAUGUAUCAAUUUCCAGGCGAAAACCUCAAAGAGUUUGUGGUAUUAUCAGGUCGGGAAGCUGUUGAUCAGUACUCCAAACUGCGAAUUCUACUUACCAUUUAUCUGCGAAGAAUUGCUGCGGGCAGGAUAUGCCUCGGCCUAUUAAACCAGCUCAGCAACAGUGAUGAAGGGAAAAUAGACCAAAUCUUACUCCACAACUUGAUUGCAAGGGUGAGACCUAUCUACGGAGACAAGGUAUUGACCGACCUAGGCAUAAAACUAAAACAUAGUAACUUAUAA